CUCUCGCUAACGGGUUUUCUAAUUGUGCUAUUAAGUCAGCAAAGGCGUUCAACAAUUAUAGUGAUAAUCGUGCACAUCACAUUUGCAAUUCACAUGAGGAUUGAAUGUUCGCGCAUUGACACGCCGGAACGACAAAAAUCUGCCUAAAGAUCCUUACGGACAAAAUAAACUGUAACAUACUAUCGUUGUUGUACAGGGGCAACGUAAAACGCUGUAUUCUUAUCUUGUAUUUUGUUUUGUUUUUCCCCUCGUAAUGUCGUUAUAGUUAAAUACCUCGUAGUAAUAUGUGGAUGGGAAGAAUGAAUGAAGAAAGUUCUCCGUCUGAAUAUACAAUUAUCACUCCAUCUAGAAACCAAUGUGUAUACACCAGCUGCUACUGUGAGGAGAAUGUGUGGAAAUUGUGCGAAUAUGUCAAGGAUCAGGGGACGUGCUCUUUGGAUGAGGUGUAUGCAGUCUUUAUAUCUAACGAAAGAAAAAUGAUACCCAUUUGGAAACAAAAAUCCAGUCGAGGUGAUGAACCAGUAUUCUGGGAUUACCAUGUUAUUCUUCUACACACAAAUAAACAAGGACAGAGCUUUAUAUAUGAUCUAGACACCGUCCUUCCCUUCCCUUGUUUACUUGAUGUAUAUUCGAAAGAGGCCUUUCAUUCUGACGAGCAUUUGAAACAUGCUUUCUGGAGGAAACUUCGUGUAAUAUCAGGGGACACCUACUUGAAGAAGUUUGCUUCUGAUCGUUCACAUAUGAAGGAUUCUGACGGGAACUGGCGUAUGCCACCUCCAGCAUAUCCUUGUUUAGAGACAUCAGACACUAAAAUGAAUCUUGAUGACUUCAUCUGCAUGGAUGCCCGUGUGGGAUAUGGAGAGGUUUACAACCUUUCAGACUUUGUUCAACGCUUUGGGACGAAGUAACAAGUUUUUUGCUUUAUGCCAACACUUUUGUGUUGAAAAAUGUACAUAAACAGAGCCUCAGGGAAAGAUCCCAUUAGCAUGGACAGUACUGUGACUAAGCAGGCCGCAAAAUAGCCUACAUAUUUGUUGCCUGUCAAACUUUUUUUCAUUUUAUU